GAAGAUGGGCGCGAAGCGCCCUCUAAGGCUAGAAAGAAGGGCGCGAAGCGCCUUGAAUUUCUAGUCUUGUAUAUACAUAAACAGUUCAUUGCUAGCAUUCAUCUUGUAUAUACAGAAACAGAUAUUAAGUAUUCAUGUUUUUUUCAGAUAAUAUGUAUUUACUUAAAAAAUAUUUAGCGAUUAUGUUAUUUUUCUUGGCAAGUUGUCAAGAUACUGUUCUUGAAAACCGGGUUGAUUCCCCUCAAGAUGGUGUACAGCUGUACGGAGUUGAGAUGGGUAAUGUACAGACGCACAUUCAUGUACAGAAUAACAAACAUGUACAGCAAGAUCAAUUUGAUGUUGAAAAUAAAUCAACCAUUCAAAAUGAAGUGCAGCAAAUGGCUGAUGUACAGCUGCAGAAUGAGGUACAGCAAAUGACUGAUGUACAGCUACAGAAUGAAGUACAGCAACUAAAUGAAAGCAAUCUGCUUCCAAACAAUUUAGAGAAACAACAAAAUCAAAAAGUUGAUCCCGUCCUGGCAUCUUCAAUUCAAGAUUUUGCUCAAAUAAACGCUAAUCUAAAGGAAAAAUAUAAAGCAGUCGGGCAAGCUUCAGAUCUCUCAAGCAUGGUUCGAGAAAUGGUAAACUCUCUUUCUGGUGUUCAGGAGCGGGGAGAAUCUAUGAUGAAAAAUAUUUUGGUUCAUCAGAAACGAUUAAAGUACAUUACAGCAGAAAUUAAACAGAGACAGAAGUAUCUAACACAGCUUAAUAUUCAGGUUGAUGCAUUCGAAGAGAAAAGAGAGAAUCUUUUUCAAGAGAUAUCUGACUUAGAAAUAAACAAGAACAAAACCAAAAUAGAAAUUUUUAAUGCUAACAGAGAAAUUCAGGGUAGAAAAUUAGAAAAUGAAGAGGAAAUGAUCAGAUUAGCUGAAGAGUUAAAUAGUUAUGAAACAAGAAUAUCGGAAGCUAGAAAAAUUUUAAGUGAAAUAGAAGAGAACAGUAGACUAAAAAAGGCGGAGCUAAUGGAAAUACCAGAAUCAAAGCUUACUGCAGAACCAUCACAACUAAAGAGUCCAGUUCCCGUAGAAAUCCUUGUUCCUGGGUUCCUAAUAUCUCUUAUUCUCAAUCUGCUCAUGGGAGGCCAGGUAUUAAACCUUUACAGUCUGGAGGAGCUUGCGCAGGUUGCCGCACUAAGUAUUAAACCCAACACAAUCGAAGACGACGAUCCUCUUGAACAGCUGGCGCAGAUUAAGAUGGAGAAAGAAAAGAUUUUUGGAAAGAAAAGUGAAUAUUUGAGAAGAAAAAAUGUAAAUUUCAGCAAAAAUAAAUUAUAAAACCUUGAUCUUUUUUAUUGACUUUUUAAUGAUGCGAAUCUAUAAGGAAAAUGAGAUGUCUCUUUAAAGGUUGUUUUCUUGUGAGGCUUACAUUUUUUCUAUUCUUAAUUUCUUUUAACUGAUCUGAGUUUGUUCAGCUGUCUUUUGUUAGAGUACAAAUUAUCUUGCUCUAAACACGGUGCAAUUACUCUUUAAGCCUCAAAUCAAAUCAAAUAUUUAUCACAUGUAGACAAAUAGAUUAUGACGUACAAUAGGUUGCAACGCGGAAUGCGUACACUCUCAAGUCUCAGUACAACUGUAUCUACGUGUCACAAGUGUAAAUUCAAUUUUUAUGUCUGAAAAAAAUUGAAAUAAGAGUGAUAAUCUUAGACUGAAGUGCUUAUUCUUCAGUGAAAUUAAAGCAAUUUCAUGUUUUCUUUAUUUUCUGUUUUUACACUUUUUCAUCCAAUGUUCUAUUGACUAAAUAAAGGGGUUAAAACUGAUAUUGUUUGAAUAUAUAACGUUGAAACAUAUUUCAGAAAUGUGAAAUGACAUAUUCGGAAAGGGCUUUGGAAAGGUUUGAUGGAGCUAAACCCCUCAGAUUUGGGGGAAAUACAGGCAACAGGAACAGAUUUAAUAGAAGAAAAAUGAAAACCCACAAUUCAUGAGCAGGCAAAGCUGAGUUCCCAGGCUAGUAGAAGAUAAAGAAGAAGAAGAGAAGCACAAUGUCUAAUAUAGAAGAGCUAUCCCGAAAGGGCUGGAAGAGUAAGUGUGAGGUCUGCCAGGUCCCAAUGGAAAAGAACCGAAUACAUUAUGGAGGUAUAUCCUGUUAUUCCUGCAGAUCUUUCUUCCGUCGCGUAACUAAAUCUAACCUUGACAAGCAACAGUGCAGGUUACUCGGUGAUUGUAAUAUAACAGAAUGGAGGAGAAGAAAUUGUAUACCCUGCAGAUUUUCACAUUGUUUGUCAGCUGGAAUGAACAUGGAAUUGGUCUUAUCAGAGGAGAAAAAGAAAGAGAGAUUCAAGAAAAAAUUUGAGUUCUUCCCUCUAAAACCAUGGUCGGAAAAGUUUCCUGGAUCUAAGUUGAAACGCCGUGAAUGUAUGACAGAGAAUGACCGUUACAGGACGGACAGGAACCGGUACAGGGUGGAAAGAGACCGUUACAAGGCGGACACAGAGGAACAGAAUCAAUCAGAGGCUAUCCGCCAAGCUUUAAUGUCCUCUAAAACCUCAUUAGAUUUGACUGAAAAACCUGCCUGCGGUCUUUAUCAAGAUCCUAAAAACCCCUCUAGACCUAAGAGUUUGACCAAAUACUAUGACAAUUCAAAAAGUUUCGAGAAAUUUUUAGACCGAUCUUCUUUUAAAAAGGAAUAUAAUCUGAAUGUUCUUGUACCGGAUAUUACAUUGCAUGUACCGUUGAAUAUUGAACCUAAUAAUACUACCGAUCUGCCAGUCUAUGUACAUAAAAAGUUUGGUAGUGCUGCUGUACCAGAUUGCAGUACAGUUAUAAGUCUGAAUAAAGUUAGAAAAGUUAGUGUUAUUAUGUGUCCAGUUAAACUUACUAUUUAAAGAUGAUGGAAAAGUUGCAAUUAUUGUAUUGACCUUGGAAAGCCAAAUAUAGUUUUGAAAAUAAUAAAUAAUUAUUUACAUUUGGAGAAUAAAAAUGAUGAAAGAUUA